AUGAAACCAACAAAGCUUAAAGAACAUCUUGCUUCGGUACAUCCUCAACAUGCGUCAGAUAGUCUGGUAAUAUUUAAAAUAAAAAAAGCACGUUUUGAAAAAGUCGGUACAUUACCCAAACUUGGAUUUGUACCUCCGCAAAAACCGUGUCUCGAAGCAUCUUACAAAGUAGCUUACCGCAUUGCUAGAAAAAUGGUAGAAUUAGUAUGUGGUUUGAAACAACGAAAAAAAAUUGAAGCUAUACCUUUAUCAAAUGAUACUAUUAACUCUAGGAUUUCUGAUAUGUCCACUAACAUUUUGGAACAAGUAAUUCAGGAAUUAGAUUCAACCCCUUUUCUAUUCAGUAUGCAGUUGGACGAAGGAACAGAUAUUUCUCAAUGCAGCCAAUUAGUUUUUCCACUUUUGAAAACUACAAGGGCAAUUGACGUGUUUGAAAUGAUUACGAAUUUUUUUUCUAAACAUAAAUUAAAUUAUAAAAAAAAACUCGGUUCGCCGUGCACCAAAGGUGCUCCUUCGAAGCUUGGUAAAUCAUCUGGUUUCACAGCGUUGAUAAAGAAGGAAAUUCCCGAUAUCAUCAUCAUUCAUUGUUUUCUUCAUCGGCACGCUUUGGCAUCAAAAACUCUACCAACCAAUUUAAAAGAAGUUAUGACGACUGCAGUCAAAGUUGUAAAUUUUAUCAGAGCUAGAGCCUUACAUCACCGAAUUUUCAAAGUUUUAUGUCAUGAAAUGGGAUCUGAACACGAAGUUCUUCUUUAUUACACAGAAGUGCGUUGGUUUUCCAGAGGACGUUAUGAAACUAUUGAAUUCGUUCAUGGAUUGGCCUAUUUAACAGACAUUUUUAGUCAUUUGAACGAAGUAAAUAUACCGAUUCAAGGAAAAGAAGUAACAAUUAUGGACGCGUCCGAAAAAAUAAACGCAUUUGUUAAAAUAUGGUUACGCAAUCCUUUUUUCGUGGACUUAAAUACAAUUGAUGAUUCAGAUCUUGUUAAAGAUGAACUAAUUGAUUCAAGAUCAAAAGAAAUGGCACCCCACGACUUUCAAACAAAAAAUCAAAUCGAAUUUUGGAGUUCGUUGACGACGGCAUAUCCACGAGCUGUAUCCAGGGCAAUGAAAUUUUUGAUUCCAUUCGCUACUACCUAUCUUUGUGAGUCUGGAUUUUCCACAAUGGUCACAAUUAAAACUAAAUCAAGAAAUCGAUUGGACAUUAAGGACGAUAUGAGCGUUGCUCAGUACAAUACGGUCCCAGAUUUCAAGGCCAUAUUGCAAUCAAAACAACAACAAAUGUCACAUUAG